CGAAGAGCUCCCUCAACCUCCCUCUUUUCGGCUCAGGCGGAGACUCGAGCUAGGCGCUGGGAGCGUGAGGUGGUUUUUUUUUUUCUCUGCAGCUGAACAUCCGGACAACUCCGCCGCCAUUAUGGUGAAGCUCGCUAAGAAUGUUAAAAAUCAGCCUAAACAAAAGAAAAUGACUACCCUUCCCCCAAAGGAAAUCGAUGACAGUGAUGAAGAAGAUUCAUCAGAAGAAGAGGAGAGCAGUGAGGAAGAGAUGCUUGCUCCUAAGAAAGCCGCGACCCCAGCAAAAGCAGCUGCCGCUCCCAAUAAAAAGGCAGCAACUCCCGCAAAGAAGGCCGUAGCUACUCCGGCCAAGAAAGCAGCAGCAGCAGCUCCUCUUCCUGCAAAGAAAACACCUGUCCCUGCCAAAGGAGCAAAAAAUGGGAAGAAUGCAAAGAAGGAAGAAAGUGAGGAGGAAGAAGAUGAGGAGGAUGAAGAUGAGGAUGAGGAGGAAGAUGAUAGCGAGGAAGAUGAAUCUGAGGAGGAACCUGCUGCUGUACCGGUGAAAAAACGGGUCGCCCAAGCACCUCAGAAGAAGCCUGUAGCUCCUGCCAAUCUGAAGCAACUGGAGGAGGAGGAGGAGGAGGAUGAAGAGGAGGAUAGCGAGGAUGAAGAGUCAGAAGACGAGCCCAUGGAAACCACUCCAGCGAAGGGAAAGAAAGCUGUGCCAGCAAAAGCAACCCCUGCCAAGGCAGCUGCAGCAAAGGAGGAUUCUGAGGAAGAAGAUGAAGACUCUGAGGAAGAGGAGGACGAGGAGGAGGAAGGGGACGAAGAGGAGGAUGAAGAGGAGGACGACGAGGAGGAGGAAGACGCUCUUCCUGGAAAACGAAAGAAGGAAUUAGCCAAGCAAAAAGGUGCCCCAGAUGCCAAGAAGAAGAAAACAGAAGAGGCCGCCUUCUCUCUCUUUAUGAGUAACCUCAAUGCAAGCAAGAACUUCGAAGAGCUCAAGGCUGCCAUCAGAGACUUCUUUGGCAAAAAGGACCUUCAAGUCCAAGAAGUCAGAAUUGGCAAUUCAAAGAAGUUUGGCUAUGUAGAUUUCUCCUCUGAAGCUGAACUGGAUAAAGCACUCAAAUUAAAUGGGAAAAAACUGAUGGGCCUGGAAACGAAACUAGAAAAAGCAAAGAGUAAAGAGAGCCUUUGGGAGAAUAAAAAAGAGAGAGAAGCAAGGACCAUUUUUGUGAAGAACCUUGCUUACAGUGUCACCCAGGAUGAGCUGCAUGCUGCAUUUGAGGAGGCCGUUGAGGUCAGGCUGGUGUCCAAGGAUGGGAAUAGCAAAGGGAUCGCCUACAUCGAAUUUAAAAGUGAGGCCGACGCAGAGAAAGCUUUGGAGAAGCAGGGGAUGGAGAUAGACGGACGCCCCAUUGUCCUUGACUACGUAGGUGAAAAGAGCCAGCAGGAUAGCAGGAAACCCGGCAAGGGAGCCCCCUCAGGGGGAGAAUCCAAGACGCUGGUGGUGAACAACCUUUCUUACGAUGCGACCGAGGAAAGCCUCCAGGAGGUCUUUGAGAAAGCGUCGGCCAUCAGGAUUCCCCAGAACAACCAGGGGAGACCCAAAGGGUAUGCCUUCGUCGACUUUGCCACAGCUGAGGAUGCGAAGGAAGCCAUGAACUCCUGCAACAACACAGAGAUCGAAGGCCGCACAAUCAGACUAGAAUUCAGCAACUCGGGCGGACAGAACAGAAAUACAAACAUGAAAGGGGGCUUUAGUCAGCAAAGCAAAACCCUGUUUGUCAAAGGGCUGUCAGAGGAGACCACCGAAGAAACCUUGAGAGAGUCGUUCGAUAGCUGCAUUGGGGCGAGAAUAGUGACCGACAGGGACACCGGCUCCUCCAAAGGCUUUGGCUUUGUGGACUUCAGCUCCACAGAAGAUGCCAAAGCAGCCAAGGAAGCCAUGGAGGAUGGAGAGAUUGAUGGAAACAAAGUGACCCUCGAUUUUGCCAAGCCCAAGGGGGCCACUCCCCGUGGGGGAGGCGGCGGCGGAGGAGGCUUCGGCCGAGGCAGCAGAGGUGGACGCGGCGGCAGAGGUGGAUUUGGAGGCCGGGGAGGAGGCCGGGGAUUCGGAGGCAGAGGAGGAGGUGGCGGCUUCAGGGGAGGCCGAGGCGGUGGCGGCGACCACAAACCACAAGGAAAGAAGAUCAAAUUUGACGACUGAAGCGGGGGCGGGCGUUCCUUUGCAUCCGAAAGGACUCUGGGGUUUUAGUUGGGUCGCCUUGAGAGAUGACAGAGCCUUCCGAGGACAUUCCAAGACACGCCGCAGUCCCCGAGGAGCUCCUCCGAAGGCUCCCCCUCCACGAAGAAAAACAGCCAACCGACUGCCUGGCCGCGCAUAAGAACUUUUUUAAAAAGCAACAAGAAAUGUGGGAGUUGACCCUGUGUCCAUGUAUUCCCCCACCCCCCACCCUCCGAAUUUAUAACGUUUUACCCAUGUACAAAAUUUAACUUCCUUAUACAUUUCUGUAGGCUUUUUCUUGGGUUUUUUUCCCCCCCCCAACCCCCCCUUGCUGUAAAAAUGCAAAAUGUUUUAUCAUUUGUGUCUCGGCAAACUGUCUAGGACAGAUUAAAGGGCCUCAAUGGAG